UUUCAGCAUUCACAACCCAGAAACACAUUCGUAGUCUUUCAACUCUGUCCAGCAGCUAGAACACUACUGUACGUACAACUGCACAACAGGCACAGUAAGUACUUUGUACAGUACAGUACAGAAGUCAAGCACGAAACACAAGUACAAUCGCCAAGCAAGAGUACUCCUCGCAAUGCCGGCCGCCGACGUUUUCGCCGCCGGGUCCACCGCCCUCGUAACCGGCGGCGCCUCGGGCAUCGGACUCGCCAUCGCCAAGCUAUGCCACGACAAGGGCAUGAACGUCCUUCUCGUCGACCGCAACGCCGAUGCGCUGGGCAAGGCCGAGCAGCACGUGUCUGGCGCGGACGGUUCCUCGGCGGUGGUGACCUCGAUCCUCGCCGACGUCAGCAAGGAGGACUAUUGGCAUGCCAUUAGGGACAAAGCCGUCUCUGCCUUUGGUAGCAUCGAGCUGUUGGUCCUCAACGCGGGCACCGGCUCGCGAGGGACGUGGGGAGACGGUGACUACUUUCGAAAGACGCUCGAGACCAACAUUUUUGGUGUUGUCAACGGAGUCAACACCCUGCUGCCCGUGGUGCGUGAUGCAGCCAAGACCAAGCCCGCCGCGAUCGUCAUCACCGGAAGCAAGCAAGGCAUCACGAACCCACCGGGAAAUCCCGCGUACAACGCAUCCAAAGCCGCUGUCAAGACCCUUUGUGAGCACCUGAGCUUCGACCUCAGAGCCGAGAAGACGACGGUCCAUCUUCUUGUUCCGGGGUGGACCUAUACCGGCCUCGUGAGUCCACCAUCAUCCCUCCACUUGAAACUCACGCGAUGCAUGCAAGGUCGUCAUCAUUCUUGAACAGGUUCUGUUUGGGACUGACGCGUGAUGCUACGCAGACUGGCGCCAUCACGGGUAAAGACAAGCCCGCGGGCGCGUGGAGCGCACAGCAGGUCGCCGGGUUCCUAUACAAGAAGAUGGCCCAGGACAAGUUCUACAUCAUCUGCCCGGACAACGACGUGUCGGAGGAGACGGACAAGAAGAGGAUGCUCUGGUCAGUCGGCGAUAUUGUAAAAGAACGGCCGCCGCUAACGCGAUGGCGCGACGAGUGGAAGGAGGAAGCCGAGAAUACUAUGGCCCAGACGCAGGUGUAACAAAGAGGCCUUUAGUCACCAGCACCCAAGGGGGUUGUGGCGUGCGAUGACCGAAGCACCCCCGGACGGUGUGACGAGAGUCCUUGCCGUGCAUCUUCUAGAACGGCCAAGACCAAACGGGAACACCCAUGUCCUGCCGCUGCGAAAGGGUUAAUGCUACAAGUCGGCAAGUCGCACGGCACGCACGCUGCACUGGUGUGCGGCCACGUGCAAGUCAUGUAUAGGACAGUUUGCUGCAUACGAUGCCCGUGCGAGAUACAUUGGUUUGCGAUGAGAUGCAUCCAGUGCUGAUGCUGCAAAUACUGGUCGAUAUUACUCGGGCCUUCACUGCCGCAACCAGCAGAAGCCAACGUCCUUCUUUCGAAACAUGCCACUAUUCGGAC